CAGGAAGCGCGGGCGGCUGCCAGCCAUGAGUUGGUGUGGUGGUCCCGAGCUGUCCUUUGCAUCAUUGUGGCGUUGCUCACAGACAACGGAAGGCUUAACGGGUUUGAUUGGCACGAAGUGUGUAGAGGACCAGUCAAUGCUGAAUGCAAUCCGCCUUGGCAACGGUAGCUCUGAACGCGAUCUGCUUUGUAUCGACUUGAGGCCCAAAGUGAGCGCUUGGGUGAAUAAGGCAGGUGGGGGUGGCUUUGAAUCAUAUCCCCAAUGCCGGAUGAUUUGGGGAGGCAUCGACAACAUCCACGUGGUCCGAGAUGCAUGGAGAGCGAUGGGCAGCGCAGUGGCGCGCUUGGUUGAUACACAGGUGGGUUCGUGGAUGAAAGAUGUGGCAAGCUCCGGAUGGUACGACUACAUCGGAGCCAUCCUUUCAUGCACGUUGAAAGUUGUCACAGAAGUCCUCAACUUCAAGGCAAAUGUCGUGAUCCAUUGCUCUGACGGAUGGGAUCGUACUGCACAGGUGUCCUCCCUGGCUAUGCUUUGCAUGGAUCCGCACUACCGGACCCAGGUUGGAUUUCUCAAGCUCAUCCAGAAAGAAUGGUGCUCUUUUGGACACCGUUUCCGAACGCGCUUGGCGAUCGGCGAUGCGCCGACCAGUGAAUACAGUCCUGUGAUCAUCCAAUGGUUGGAAUGCGUCUUUCAGCUGUUGCAGCAAUUUCCGGACGCUUUUGAGUUCUCGACAAGUAUCCUUGUGCGUUUGGCUGAGGAGGUUUUCACAAAUCGCUAUGGAACCUUCUUUUUUGACAAUGAGCGAGAGCGGCGAUCUGUGGAAGCGCAUACAGUGUCCUUGUGGUCUGUUCUAUUGCAACCAGAGGAAUUUGACCACUGGCGCAAUCCAGGCUACAAGGCCCAGAGGGUACAUCUGUACCCAAGCAUAUGUCAAGCGAACUACGUGGUCUGGGAGGCCUAUUGGUUUCGAUACCAUGUCCGUGGGGAAAGCUUGCCAGCAGAAAGUUCUUCGUGGCCAAGUUCCGAAAGCCCCAAGUCUCAAGCGAUGACUGACGUUCCAGAGGCUCCAGCGCAAACCCCAACUGCUCCUCCUGAGCCAUCGCAAGUGUCACCAGAAUCCGAGGAGUUAGAGCGCGAGCCGGGUGAGCCAAUGAGUCUCUUCAGCCCGGCUGAACUCACAGCACCAAAGCCAGAACCCACACAGCUCUUCGCUGACGACGACGAGGACAUCUUUGCAAAGCCCAACAAGACAGGAGGAAGCUGAAGAUGAGACCAUGGAUUUGCAGUGUUGAGGAAAACCCACGUAUAACAUCGUAUAACUACGUACAAAAUUAACAAGGAUGGCAGACUUCGUGCAUCUUGGUACAAGUGAU